AUUUUUUUUUGCGAAUUUCAAUCAAUUGUGAGUUUCUAGAAGAGCUACAUUGGUUGCAAGAGGCAAAUUUUAGAUAACAUAUUCUUUUUUAAUUAGAAGCAAAAAAAAAAUACCAUUAUAAAACAUGGGUGUACCAGCUGGUGAUGUCGAAAAAGGUAAAAAAAUUUUCGUUCAACGUUGUGCUCAAUGCCAUACCGUUGAAGCUGGUGGUAAACAUAAAGUAGGACCAAAUUUACAUGGUCUUUUUGGACGUAAAACAGGUCAAGCAGCCGGUUUCGCAUAUACAGAUGCUAAUAAAGCUAAGGGUAUUACAUGGAAUGAAGAUACAUUAUUCGAAUAUUUGGAAAAUCCAAAAAAAUAUAUCCCUGGUACAAAAAUGAUCUUUGCCGGUUUAAAGAAACCAGCAGAACGUGCCGAUUUGAUUGCAUACUUAAAAGCAUCUACUAAAUAAAUUAAAUUUUCAAAUUAAUUUAUUGACAAAAA